AUGGGUUUCCGCACUCCCGAACAGCUCUCGGCGCAGGACCCGGAGGCCUACCGAGACCCCGAGACGUACGGCCGCAGCGAGGACUUUGAGCCUCUCCUGAGCGAGAAGCCGUAUCGACGCCAGAUCUCCAGCUGGGGCGACCUGCUCACGCUGCGAAAGACGCCGGCCCAAUUCUCGCAACCCACGGCAUCCAGGGGCGGCGUGCUCGGGCUGCCAGGCCUCCUCCUUCGUCUCGCGUUUCACCAUUUUUUCUCUGUCUUCAGCUUCGUCGUUCCUUCUUUCCUCGUCUCGUUGAUCUCGCAUUUACGCAAUGGGUCCUCGUCUUCCGCGCAGUCAAAUCCCAAGAAACCGCUCCACCCCACAGCCUAUCUUGACGGCCUCCGUGGCGUCGCCGCCUUCGUGGUUUACAUCUUCCACUGGUCGUAUCUAUGGUUCCCCUUCCUCCGGAAUGGCUGGUACUAUUCCGAGGAGGAUCCCGAGUGUAAAUACUGGAUCCAGAUGCCCAUCAUCCGCGCCGUGCACUCGGGCCGCGCCAGCGUCACCAUCUUCUUCAUCAUUUCCGGAUACGUCAUCACCAUCAAGACGCUCUCUCUGAUCUACGCCUCGCGGCGGCAGCAACAGCAGCAGCAGGGCCAGGGCCAGUCCCCGGGCCCCAGCAACCCCAGCACCAGCGAGGCCAAGGUCCUGGACGCGCUGGCGGGCAGUCUGUUCCGCCGGCCAUUCCGGCUGUACCUGCCCAUCAUCGCGUCGACACUCUUAGUCAUCGUUUGCAUCCGAUACAACCUCUUCGUCAUGGACCCGAUGGGCGGCGGGCAGAUGCCGCACGCCGGCAACUUGAGCGAGCAGCUGCAGCACUGGUGGGAGAACCUUGUCUUCACGGUGAACCCGUUCCGCAACAUCAACGGUCGUCACAAUAUCUAUGGCAACCCGUACGACGGCCACCUGUGGACCAUCCCCAUCGAGUUCAAGGGCUCCCUCAUGGUGUUCACGUUCCUGCUUGCGUUCGCCCGCGCCAAGCGCUGGAUACACAUAGCCUUUGUCGCUGGCUGUACGUGGUGGUUGGUGGAGCUCGGGGACAUCGACCAGGCGCUCUUCAACGUCGGGCUGCUGCUCGCCGAGCUGUCCCUCAUCUGCCCGACCGACAAUCGUGUCAGCAGGUCAAGGGAGCCUUCGCCCCAUGAAAAUGGACACGAGAACGGGACCACCAUGGCCAAGACUCCCAAGCCGCGCCGUUCCUUCGUCCUGCUCCGCCAUGGAGUUACCCUCGUUCUGUUCGUCGUGGCAUUGCACCUCUUCAGCUACCCCGAGCAGCACGGGACUGAUUCCCCAGGCUACAAGACGCUGUUCACGUGGUUGCCCGAGUACUACCGGGGCGAGAACGACAACCAGCAGCUGUUCUGGCUCGCGGUAGGGUCGGUGCUGUUCAUGCUGGCACUGAUGUACUCGCCGGCCACGACACGGUCGUUCAACAUCUUCACGCCCGCGGUGUACUGCGUGCGGCGCGUGCUGCAGGCGUGCACGAGCCGGCUGCGGCCGCGGGCACAGAAGCGCAGCGAGGGCAUCAUGCUGCCGCACAGCGGGCCGUCGUCGCCGGCGCUGCCGGGCGACGUGCCGCCGCUGAGCCUGGACGCCCCGGCGUCGGAGCCGCUCCUGCAGAAGCCCUUCACCACCGCCUUCGCCCAGUACCUCGGCCAGGUCUCGUACUCGCUGUACCUGGCGCACGGCACCGUCAACCACACCGUCGGGACCCGGUACAUCAUACCGGCGCUCGGCGCGUGGUCCAGCGCGCAGCAGCAGGCGGAGCAGAUGCGCGAGGGCGGCGAUGGCGACGGCGCCGAUGCGUUGCUGCGGAGCGCGUGGUCCACGUAUAUGCUCAUGGCGCUCUGGGGCUCCAUCGUCAACACGUUCGUUCUGUUCUGGGUCAGCGACAUGUUCUGGAGGGGUGUCGAUGUCAAGUGUGUCACGCUCACCAGGUGGAUAGGCCAGAAAGCUUGGAGUAGUUGA